GUUGGUUUAUUAUUGUCCGAGAAAAAAAAUGAUCAAAGUUCUAAGAUAAUGAAUUAAAAAAACUAUUUUUGUUUAUUGAUAAAUAGUAGUUUUACUUUUAAAGCGUUGCUACCUGUACAGUAUACAAGUGCGGCUGUUGGUUUCUACAACUUAUUUUCUGACAGCGUUUUCUGAUAAUACGAAACUAGCACGUGGUUUGUUUUUAUUUUUGGCGUAUUAAUUUACAUAAAAAUGGUUCGAAAACUAAAGUUUCAUGAGCAAAAAUUGCUCAAAAAAGUAGACUUUAUAUCGUGGAAAGUUGAUAACAAUAUAAAUGAAGUUAAAACUAUGAAAAAAUAUUAUAUACAGAAGCGCGAAGAUUAUACCAAAUAUAAUAAAUUAUCAAGAGAAAUAAGAGAACUUGCAAACAAAAUAAAGGAUCUAGAUGCUAACACUGAAUUCAGAACAGAAGCUAGUGCACAGCUGUUAGAAAAAUUGUAUCAAAUGGGGCUUAUACCAACGAGGUGGGAUUUGGCCCUGGCUAGCAGUGUAUCGGCUAGCUCUUUCUGUCGAAGAAGACUACCGCUUGUUAUGAAGAGAAAUAAAAUGUCAGAGAAUCUUAAAGAAGCGACAAAGUUCAUAGAACAAGGCCAUGUAAGGGUGGGACCAGAGGUUGUAAAGGACCCUGCAUUCUUAGUAACUAGGUCACUUGAAGACUUUGUAACUUGGGUAGACGGUUCAGCCAUUCGAAAACAUGUCAUGGAGUACAAUGAGAUGAGGGAUGAUUUUGACAUGCUUUGAUUUCGAAAUGAUUGUCACAUACAAAAAAAUACCUCCAGCUUUAUAAAUAUAUGUACAAAUAAAAGUUAUACAGUUUU